UAGUUUAUAGUGUAGUAUUUAUUUUUCAAACAAAAAAAUGGAGGGAGCUUUGCAAGCUCCAAUAAUUGAUCUUAGGUCUAUAGAUCUCACUGAUUCACUCAAGAAGGCAUGUAUUGAGAAUGGAUUUUUUUACCUCAUAAAUCAUGAGGUAGAAGAAGAUUUGAUUCGACGAGUUUUCGAUGGAAGCAGAGGAUUUUUCGAUCUAUCAGUUGGAGAGAAGAUGAAGGUGCUUCGCAAGAAUCAUAGAGGAUAUACACCAUUUUAUGAUGAGAAGCUUGAUCUUGUUGACAAUCCUAAAGGGGAUCCAAAAGAAAGUAUCUAUUUUGGAGCACCUGAAGACAUAUCACCCUAUGGUAAUCUAAAUCAGUGGCCUCCCGAAGAAAUUUUGCCAUGUUGGAGAUCUACAAUGGAAGAAUAUUACAGAGUUAUUCUGAAUCUUGGUAAAAGAGUACUCUCACUCAUUGCUCUAGCUUUGAAUGUGAACGAAGAUUUCUUUGAAAAAGUUGGUGCUUUUAAUCCUCCGGGGGCUCUUCUUCGUCCUAUGCAUUAUCCAGUUGCAGGUGAAAUAAACUAUUGUGAUCAAUAUAUGCAUGGUUGUGGAGCUCAUACAGAUUAUGGAAUGAUAACUAUCUUAAUCACCGAUGGUGUUCCUGGACUUCAGGUUUGUAGAGAUAAAUUACAGAAACCCCAGAUUUGGGAAGAUGUGCCUCAGUUGAAUGGGGGUUUCAUUGUUAUUGUUGGAGAUAUGAUGGAAAGGUGGACAAAUUGUUUGUUUAGGUCAAUAUAUCACAGAGUAACAAAGCCAGAACAAGAACGUUAUUCGGUAGCGAUGUUUUUCGAUCCAAGUCCAGAUUGUGUUGUGGAAUGCUUGAAUAGUUGCUGCAGUGAAUCUUCUCCUCCUAGGUAUUCAACUUGCAUUAUGUUUCCUCCAGUUAGAGUGGCAGACUACUUGAAGGAAAAUUACAACAUUACAUAUGGCUACCAGUAAAUAUGUGCAACAAAAAUAUCACUGAGGAAGAGAUGAGAACUGGUUAAUUUGUUCACCAAUUUUCUUAAAUAUUGAGGAGCUUUUUAUGUGUGCCAAAAAAUAAUAAUAUGGAACGGUUUGACUUUUAGACCAUUAAUUUUAUCGAGUCGCUCUACUAAAAGGGAGGGACGUUACGUUUAUUUGUUUUUCUUUCUUUACGUGAAAUUCAUGUGUACUCACUCUACACAUUCAGAUAUUGCAUGAAACAUCUAGUUUUUGGUCCUGUAAAUUGUAAUAUGGUCUCCACUUUCUUUACUUCAGUUAUUAUUUGAACUUA